AUGGCAGCAAGUUGUCUUCGGCUAAUUUGCCCAUUACUUAUACUAGACCUCAAGGCUGAAGACCAGCCGUUAGAGAGGGCACAAGGAGCUUUGUUGCUCUCUUACCAAGCCUCCCCAGACGACCCUCAGAUCGGUAGUUUACUUCUUGCCAAUGCGAUACAGAAUGCCCUUAUCCUCGGAAAACCAACGAAGCCAUCCAUCAGUGUAGAGAGAUCAACUAUCAAACGUUUAUGGUGGUCGGUCCUGUUGCGCGACCGAUGGAUUUCUUUAGCCCUUCGCCGACGCAGCCAACUCACGCCGAAGGAUUUCGAUCCAGAGAACAAUCCACUAGAGGAGGCAGACUUUGGCAAGGAGAUACAGGAAUCCAAGGUAUACGAUGUGCACACCAAGCGGAUUCUUUUCACGGCACUCAAGCAGCAGUGCCGUCUAGCAAUUAUCAUUACCGAUAUGGUGUCCCUGAUUUUCUCAUCGUGCGAUGGUUCUUCAAUGGGUUUGCCCUCAAAGGACUUCCCGGCAUGUAUGAGUAGAUGUAUGAAGACCAGAAAUAGAUUGCGCCAAUGGGAAACAGAGACGCGGUAUGCUCUCUCGACUGCGCCUCCUGAAGUGCAUCAUUCGGUGAUGUCGUUCAUCAAAAUGACCUAUGUUUAUUAUCAGUACCCUGCUUGCGCUAUAUCCUUCUUGACAAAGAGCACUGACUCGCCGGUCGGUGAACAGACUGGCAUUCGUUGGAUGGCCAAUAGUGGUGGCGGCGAUUGA